AUGCAUUGUGAAUUGGAGGGCGUGUUCCAUAUUUACGAUUUUGCUAUUGGUCAAGACAUUAUUUCAUCUCCCGGUCCUAUUGAGUUGACUUCAGACGAAAUAAUUUUUUUGAAGUCACUUCGAUAUAGGUUGUUAAAUUUUUUAGAUCAGCAAGUAACGUGUUCCAAGUUUUGGCAGCCGAGGUACGUCGGAGAAUGGUCGGUUUGGAAUGAGAAUGGUCAACCUUCAAAAAAGGUCGGUUUCGAGACGGGGUAUACAGAAUUUUUGAUAGAUUUCAAGGCUGAAAACAAGCUGAUUGGUUUGAUAUUUAGUAAACAAGGGUCUUUGGGCACGGCGAAAAACGUGGACAAUGUUUCAACUUGCUCCGCUCUUGGAAGGCGUUGCCACAGCAUCACCAUCAUCAGCCACAUCUUGUCAUCAUCGGCAUCACCCUCAUCAGCAAAAGAGAAAACAGAUUUGAUUGUAUUUCGGAAGCCCUGUACAAAUGUGUAUAUGUGCAUAGUCCCGCAUCUUCACGAUGACAAUGACAAGCAGGCCGCAGAUAACGAAAAUGUUAACUUGCAAAAAAGAACCUUUAAUGAAAAUCGUUUGUGUGAGAUGUACGGGUGA